GUCAGUUAGACCGACAUGGUUUUAGGAGCUGCUGCCUCGUGAAGCGAGAAGCAGUUUGGAAAUAUCUAACAAACUGCAACGGAACACUGACUGUGUAGGUGGAUCUUGUGUCGAGAUUUGUGUGUCCUGCACAUGUAGUAGACGAUCCAGACACGUAGCCUGAAGGCUGCACUGCAACAAUGCCAGAGUCUUCCCUGGAAGUCAAGGACAUUUGCAGCAGCUCCGUUGAAUGUAGACCAUCUCCCUUGAGGCAGUUUAGCCAAUCAUUGCUGCCGCUGCACAGGAACUACAUGCACAGUACAUUCUGCACAGACAACAAUGUGCAGGAAUGUCUGUCACACAUCAGUCAGGAGGUGUCGUCUCUUGGCCUCCCACCAGUUUGGAAGGAGUCAAGUGGCAGCACAGAGAUGAAUGUUGUGGCUGUGUUAAAUUGCAUGUAUGACCUGAUUCAGCUGCACCGCAGGAGCCUCCGCACCCUGGAAAACAUGGAAGUGGAGCAGCUUAAGACCAGCAGCAAUGUGGACUUCCUGCAGCUCACCAGCACCCAACUAAAAGAGCAGCUUGAACUAUCCAAAAGAGAAAAUACGGGACUCCUUGAGAGAGAGCGACAGCUGCAGCUGAAAGUGAAGAGUUUGCAAAACUGCCUGAAAAAUGAAAAAGAAGAGGUGCAGAAACUUCAGAACAUUAUUGCUAGCCGGGCCAGCCAGUACAAUCAUGAGAUGAAAAGGAAAGAAAGAGAAUUUAAUAAACUCAAGGAGCGCUUGAAUCAACUUCUGGUUGACAAAAAGGACAAGAAACAAGCCAUUGAUGUAUUGAAUAGCAUUGGAAGAGCUGAUGGGAAGAGAAGCCUUUGGAAAACUGAAAAGACAGAAGCAAAGCAUGAGGGGGAGAUGUAUAAGACUCUGCUGAGUGACUAUGACACCCGACAGAGGGAGCUGUUGCUGGAAAAUGCAGAGUUGAAGAAAGUGCUGCAGCAGAUGAAAAAAGACAUGGUGUCCAUUCUGAGUUCAAGGAAACCAACGUUGAAAGACGACAAACAUCAUGAUGAUGACAUACAUGCUGACUCAGAGGGGGAAGAGGAAGUGUUUGAUUCCAGUAAAGAAAGCGUAGAAUUGUAUUGCGUUCAUGCCCGGGAGAAGCUGACAAACAGUAUUCGCCUCCAGUGGCGAAGACUCAAAAGCCACGUUGAAAGAUUGGACAGCCAAGCAUCUUUGGCUCAGCUGGGCGAGAGGAAAAACACUGAUGCUGUUUCCCGAGAGACACAUGAGGAGGAGAUGGACAGACUGAAGCUGGAGAUCCAGCAGUGCAAAGACUUUAUUCAAACACAACAGCAGCUUCUGCAGCAGCAGCUGAGCUCUCCGUGUGAUGAGGAGACUCACUGCUCACUGCUGAGUGACUGCUUCAUGCUGCAGGAGAAAGAGCGCUUCAGGGAGGAGUGGAAAACCCUCGAGGAACAGAGGAAGAUCUUUGAGAGGGAGCGGAGGAACUUCACUGAGGCAGCUAUAAGACUCAGCCAUGAGAGGAAGGCCUUCGAGGACGAUAGAGCGACGUGGCUCAAACACCAGUUUUUAAACAUGAGUCCAUUUCCUGACUCAAAGAAACCCCAGAUGUCAAAGUCUAAAAGUGCCUUUUUAAUACCUAAAACAGAAGCAAGCACAGCCUCAGCUCCAGAAAAGCUCACCAAAUGCCCGUCUGGCACAUCUUCCCCAACACCCAAAUUUGUCCCACCCACCCCAACAACAAACCUUAAUCACACACUUUGCCUUACCCCAGAAAACAGUUUCAGAUCAACCAAACCAAAGAGAAAGACCGAACAUGUCGAAGAAUCAAGCAUCUUUUUAAACGGGAAUUUUCCAGUUCAGCACAAUCUUUGGAACGACAGUGAAGACUACAGCAGCCACACACUCACAAAGGAAAAGACCAGCUCUAUAUGAACCCCAAAACUCAUAAAUUGAAGCAGAAUUCUCAUUUAAUUUUGGAGAAAAACACCUGAAUUGUGAAUGCCAUACACUCGAAGAUGGACCGUAAAAUUAUUAAAUAACAGUCAAAGUCAAACUGGCUCUGAUUAGCUGCUGGUGUUCUGUGCAACUGAAAGAAAAUCAAAUUGUUUCUUUUUUAUCAUUGUACUGUAGAUUAUGUUUUGAAUUUAUUUAUG